AUGAUUAAUGAUCUGAAACAGAUCAAUCCAGUUCUUGGAUCACGAGUAGAGAGAAAAAUGAUCGAGUUGAAAAAAAAAGUGGCUGGUUUGAGUGAUGAAUCAAAGAGAUUUGUGGACAGUUUGAAAGCCGCCGGAAGAGAAGUUUAUGCCCAACGCCUGAAAGGACAACAGAUGGAUAGAUUUCAAUUGAGACAAAUCGGAAUGGGAGUUGCACAACAUUAUAGAUUUUUAUCACCAUAUGCCCAACAAGAACUGCAGUCCACUUUUCCACAAAUUUUCGAAUUUAUGCAACAAGCUCGUGCUCAAAUGCUCCAACGAUUUUUAGGUGGCGGUGGAAUGGCUGGAAUGGCUGGAAUGGGAGGAAUGGAUGAAAUGGGAAAAUGA